AUGGAGGACAUAUUCUUUCAUAUGCUCUUCGUGGUGCCACUCACGCGGUGGAUCACCAGCAUUGAUCGACCUUGGAACCGGAAGUCUACGAAAGUUGGCGCGUGCCUUGCGCUUGUGGCGCUCUUCAUCAUUGGAAUGUUGCAAUCAACCCGCGAGCCAAAUCACUUUGAGACGAUCGGCGUUCCCCCUAAUGCGCCUCCUCGGGUGGUGUCAUCAACGUACAGAAAGCUCUCCCUCCAGUACCACCCCGAUAAGAACCCAUCCAUGGAGGCCAAGGAGAUGUUCGCAAAGAUCCGCGAGGCACACGAGGUUAUUGGGAGUGAAAAGAGGAGGGAUGCAUUUUGCCGCUUCGGGGAUUUCUCGACGGACGGGGCUGUGGAUGAUGAGCAUUUUUACGAUGUUCUGCUUGUAGCCGUCUUUCACUGCCUAAUUCCUUUUGUCUUUGGAUAUCUGCACACCUUUGGCGAUGCAUCUCUCACCACUCGACAGUUCUUCUGCAGCUAUUUGGCGCUCGUUUUUGCUUCCGAGUUGUUGCUGCGCUUUGACAGCAGCGCGUACGGCCUCUUUUCCUUUAUGCCUUUUGUUGGAUCUUACUUGCCCUUUGAGAAGGUCGUUGUUUUGCACAACUGGGUGCCGAUAGUUUUGAAUGCGCUGCUUCUUUUGGGCCCGGAUUUUGCAAAUCAGCAGGAGGAGCUUCGCGAAGAAGUGUGCAGACACCUGCUGAAAUCGGCUCUCGACAACAUUACCCAGUUGGAAGCGUUUCUGGAGGUUGCGGAGGGUGUCUUGGUGAAGAGUGGAGCUCUCCCGCUGCGCGUGCGGUGGGCGAGGGCUGCGCAGUUGGAGGCAGAAGCUGCUGCAGCAGCAGGGCAGAAGGGACCCCCCCCUGCAGACGCAGCGGAGCGCUUCGUGCAGCGAGUAUCCGCAAGGCGGCUGCAGCAGCGCCUCCUUCGAGAAAAGGCGAAGGAGGAGGCGGAGGUGGCAGCGGUCUUCGCCAAGAUUCCCUUCAAAGAAAAUGUGAACCCCAAGAUCGUCGAGGCUGAGCGAAAGGCGCAGCUUACAGCUCUUGGCUUCACAGAAACAAGCGAACCAGCAACGCCUUGGAGGCUCAAUCCCAGUGCAAGAUCCGAGGAGGAAACACCGGAUCUCUGGGGGCAGGCAAUGGACAACGAAGCGCGCACAUGGCCAGAAGGUUUAGAAUUGAAUGACUUGCUACGUCGUGAAGACUGCACCACGUAUGGCUUCGACUUGAAGCGCAAGGGCUUCCUGAAACUCCUAGAUCGCUAUGAGGAGGAUGCGGAGAAGGGCAGUGGUAUAUCCCUAGGUUCCGUAAUUUUCUUCGGGAUGAUCUUUUUUCGGUGGUAUUCAAGCUAA